UAAUCCAACUUUAACUUUCUGUGUGGGUCUAAAAGUUUGCAAGCAGCCACUUUCUCGCUUCUGCAUCACGCUCUCUUUCAGUAUGAAGUGUGGAAAUAAUCAUCAAGUGCUCCCAUUAACAUGUUCCCACAGAAAAAUCCCCAUCAGCCUGAAAAUAGUAAAUAUGUACUUGGUAUUGGCUCAUAUGGGCACCCUGUGUAUGUGUGUGUGGCUCUCUGUGUGUGUGUCUGGGGCAGGCAGACUCCGCCCCUUUAUGCUAAUUAAGGUCUCCCAUUGGCGUGUCGCUGGGAAAAAGGCCGGCUCUGAUUGGCCGAGUCGAACCCAUUUAUACGCUGACAGCCCCCGGUCGCAUGAAUGGUUGUCUAUUAACUUGUUUCACAAACUAUCCGGAGUUGUCACGGCUCGGCUCGGGCGGACAGAGGCGAAAAAGUGCGGGUUUGUUGACGCUCGUUUUCGGAGAAGCGACGGGAGAAGUUUUGUGGACACAACAUUAGCGGGGAGCUGUUUUGGAAGAAGGCUCUCUCUCUGCGCGCUGAGAGGGAGAGAGAGGAAAAGAGAGCGAGUGUCUGUGUGUGUGCGUGAGCCUGUGUGUGCGUGUCUCUGUGUGUGUGCGUGUGUGUGUGUAUAUGCGUGAGUGUGUGUGUGUGUGUGUGUGGAGAGAAGCGGCUUGAUGCUUGUUGUUUUUGUCCAGAGAAAAGUUGCAUAGAGAAAUCCCGGCAGGUAACUUUUCGCUGCAGCCCUGCUCGCUCCUCACUGUCCGCUCCGCUGGCUGCUGGAGUUUUUCUCUUGGCUUCUUUGUUUUUUUAACAUUUUUUUUUCUGGGAUUCAACUUUUUUGAAAUUAAAAAUCUGUUCCCGAUGUAUAACAUGAUGGAGACUGAACUGAAGCCCCCAGCUCCCCAGACCAACACGGGGGGCACGGGCAACACCAACACGUCCGGCACCGGCAACAACCAGAAAAACAGCCCCGAGCGGGUCAAGAGACCCAUGAACGCCUUCAUGGUGUGGUCCCGGGGACAGAGGAGGAAGAUGGCGCAAGAAAACCCCAAAAUGCACAACUCGGAGAUAAGUAAGAGGCUGGGCGCAGAGUGGAAACUCCUGUCGGAGAGCGAAAAAAGACCUUUCAUCGACGAAGCCAAGAGACUGCGGGCCCUGCACAUGAAGGAGCACCCGGAUUACAAAUACCGGCCCCGACGGAAAACCAAGACCCUCAUGAAGAAGGACAAGUACACCUUGCCCGGUGGCCUGCUGGCUCCAGGAGGCAACGGGAUGGGGACCGGGGUCGGUGUCGGGGUCGGGGCCGGGCUGGGCGGCGGAGUGAACCAGCGCAUGGACAGCUACGCCGCGCACAUGAACGGCUGGACCAACGGGGGCUACGGCAUGAUGCAGGACCAGCUGGGUUACCAGCACCCGGGGCUGAACGCUCACAACCCGAGCCAGAUGCAGUCCAUGCACCGCUACGACAUGAGCGCCCUGCAGUACAACUCAAUGACCAGCUCCCAGAGCUAUAUGAACGGCUCCCCGACAUACUCCAUGUCCUAUUCCCAGCAAACCACGCCGGGGAUGACCGCCCUGGGCUCCAUGGGGCCCUCCUCGGUGGUGAAGUCCGAGUCCAGCAGCUCCAGCCCGCCCGUCGUCACCUCGUCAUCCCACCGGGCCGCCCCGGGCUGCCAAAGCGGGGAUCUGAGAGACAUGAUCAGCAUGUACCUGCCCGGGGCGGAGGUCAGCGAACCGACCGCCCAGACCAGGCUACACAUGUCCGGGCACUACCAGAGCGCCGUGCCCGGGACGACGAUCAAUGGCACGCUGCCGUUAACACACAUGUAAGAGACAUGAAAGCAAGAAAGAAAAGGAGAGAGAGAGAGAGAGAGAAAGAACUUUUAUAAGAGAAACUGUGGACUACUUAACGUUGGACUAUUUUUGUACAGAAAAAUUUCGGGGUGGGAAAAGUUGUAUAGAAGUCUCCAAGAAAAAGAAAAAAGGGACACACGACUCUUUUUAUUUUGUCUUUUUUUUUUUUCC